GGUCUUGCGCUGUUGCCUGAGGUUUGAGGCGUGUUGAAUUUCGAUGUCGAACUGGAAAGAUAUUCGGAGAGUGUGGAUGAAAGCGUCGAGGGUACGUGUUUUGUGACAUUAAACUUUACUUUAACCGAUUUUAAAUAACAUAAACUUAUUUUAAAACACAUUCCGUUGCAACCUUUGAGAUAUUUAUUUAUGAACGACGUAUAAAACAGGCAUUUGAAGCGCUUGAUGGGGCGUAGUUUAAUCUUUCAGUGACAUUUACCAGGUUUAUCAGUGUAAUUUUUUUGGACAGUGUCGCGUCGCUCUUUAUCAACACUCCAAGUGGUUUCUUACCGGCAAACUUUCAGGAUUAGGCACAAAUAAACGAUUGGCUAAAUCCAUUGCGCAGCAAUGACAGAUUCGAGUACGGCGGACGAGUUGCCGCCGCAGACGAACGGCAUAACGAACAACGGCGGUCUGGACGAUGAUGAAAAGGCACGCAUGCGCCCGGCUGACAUCGACGCCGACGUGCGGGAAAUGGAGAGGCGCAAACGAGUUGAAAUGAUCAUGAACAGCAAACUAUUCAGAGAGGAGCUGGAACGAAUUAUCGAAACUCAACUAAAGGAUGGCACGGGACCUAGCGGUCUUCUUCAACAGAUAUCAGACAUGGUUGGAGUAAAUAAGCAAGCUGGCAACGUUUUUAAAAAUUCCAGCUGUGUAAUUCCAAUAAAUGAUAUUAGAGGUAUAGAGUCAAUGGGUUAUGCGAAAGGCGAGAAAAUUCUUAGAUGUAAAUUAGCAGCCGUAUUUAGAUUGAUAGAUUUAUACGGAUGGACUCAGGGAUCUAAUACACUCAUCACAGCCAGACUGAAUCAAGAAGAGGAACAAUUUUUGGUUAAUCCGUACGGCAUGCUAUUCCACGAAAUUACCGCGUCAAGUUUAAUUAAAGUGGAUAUGCAAGGAAACGUUUUGGAACAGGGCACCACCAAUUUCUCCGUCAACGUCAGCUCGUUCUCGUUGCACGCGGCGGUACACGCCGCCCGACCGGACAUCCGUUGCAUCAUCCAUGUGCACACUCCCUCCGUAGUUUCCGUAUCGGCCCUCAAGCACGGCCUCCUGCCCUUGAGUCAGGAGAGCGUCGUUAUCGGCGAGACCAGUACGCACCCUUAUUUGGGCGGCCUGCUAGACACCGACGAGAAGGACAAGCUGGCGAGAAAUUUGGGACCCAUUAAUAAGGUGCUAUUAUUGUCUAACCAAGGUGCUCUAUGUUGUGGCGAUACAAUCGAGGAAGCAUUCUUCAACGCGAAAAAUACCGUCCUAGCAUCCGAAUCGCAGCUCAAACUUCUUCCUGUAGGAUUAGACAAUCUAGUGUUGCUAAACGAUGAAGCUCGUAAGAAAAUAUAUGAUGCAGCUCAUAGAGCGCCUGAGAGCACACCCAGGCCGGACCAGCCGUCUCUCUUGGAAGCCAAAGUGGAACGAAAGUGGAGAGUAGGAGGCAUUGAAUUUGAGGCGUUGAUGCGCAUGAUGGACAAUGCUGGGUUCCGCACAGGCUACAUAUAUAGGCAUCCGUUAGUGAAAGGAGAACCACCAAAACCAAGGAACGAUGUUGAAGUACCUCCAGCUGUUUCAUCACUUGGAUAUUUACUGGAGGAAGAGGAGUUGUACAGACAAGGGUUGUGGAGAAAAUUAGAAGGUGGUCGUAAGGGCCACGAUCGUAGUCGUUGGUUGAAUUCACCAAAUGUGUAUCAGAAAGUUGAGAUCCUGGAAACAGGCACUCCAGACCCCAAGAAAAUCACUAAGUGGGUAGCUGACGGAUCUCCCAGUCAUUCCAGUACUCCAGUACGAAUAGAUGCAGCAUUACAGUUUGUGCCCCAGGGUACUAAUCCAAAAGAGUUUAAAAAGAAACAGCAAGAGAUUAAGGACUAUAGACGUGCCGAUAAAAUUUCCGCUGGUCCCCAAUCUCACAUUCUUGAAGGCGUUACAUGGGAAGAGGCUCGGAAGAUGCAAGAUGCCGCUGUGACACAAACAGGUGACCAUGUAGUUUUAAUGGGAGCUGCUUCUAAGGGUAUCAUCCAAAGAGGGCACCAACACAAUGCCAUGGUAUAUAAGAGCCCGUAUGCUAAAAAUCCAUUUGAUUCGGUGACAGAUGAAGAACUAGAAGAUUACAAGAAAGUCGUGGAGAAGAAGUCAAGAGGCGAAUACGAUACUGAUUAUAGUGAAUCGGAAGGUUUGUCUUCAUCUAAUAUAAAUAAAAGAAUGGAUAGCCUCCAUUUAAGAUCGCCUACAUCUGUGACGAGCGAAACAGAAGAAGAAAGUAGAGAUGAACCCCGAAUACUUCGGAUAGAAACCACAACAGCACCGAAACCAAGCCAACCAGAAGUAGUUCUAAGUGAUGAUGAUGAAGAUCUAACCCACCAAAUUUUUAAUAUAGAAUUACCUAGAAGUUGCUAUCGCACUCAAAGUCACGCAGGUUUUCCAAAGGGUUCCUAUAUUAUUCCCAAUCCAUUACAUUUCCACGUCGUACACGAAACUAAAGUAGCACUAAUCAAACGUCCUACGAUUGUUUCAUUGGUACCUUAUAAAAAUAACGCAUCAUCUCGCACUAACCAUCCUCUUAAAAAUAUCAAUAUAAACAUUACUAAAAUAAAACUAAUUGAUACAACACAUCCAAUUACUGUGAAUAUUUCAUUAGAUAGCUUAAAAGCGUUUAUUUUGCCGUUUGCUGAAGCUUUGAAUUUGAUUGACAUACCAAUAUUAAAUAGCCAAGCUUGUCAAACAGCAUAUAUGAAUAAUUUUCAACGAAAUUUCAAGAAUCAGCUGGAUAAUAUUCAGUAUACACCACUCUAUGUUGAUUCUACCUCUAACACUUUGCACGUUUCUGAUACACAUAGUUCUUUUGAAAAGGAAGUAUUACAAAAUAUGCAAAAGAGCCUUGUUAAAUCAUUUAAUAAACCUGAUGAUAAGUUACCUGAGGAGUAUGAGUUUACUGAGCUUGAACAAUACGAAAACAAUGAAGGAUUUGCUGAAUUAGCUCCCAACGAGAAUAUAGUAAUUGCUGAUGAAAAUAAUGAGAUAAUUCCGUCUUCUGAAAGUUCCAGUUCUGUAAUAUUUAAAGAUAACAGUAGUAGCUUUAGUGGAGAUAAAACAUCUAUAGAUUCAAAUACUUCUGAUAUUUUUGAACAAGCUGAAAAUAAGACAUCUACAAAAGCAGCUGAUCAACUUGAAAAGUCAAUUGUAGAUGAUGAAAAUUUGGACGAUGAUGUUCCAGAUAUAAAAACUGACGAAGGAGUAGCGGAUCUUUCAGAAUUUACUAAUACGAAUUUAUUGAUAAAUAAUAUUCAUAACAUUUCAAAAUUUGGGUCAGUUAUUGCAGAUUAUCUAGGUAACGAAGGGUUUGAACUUAGCGAUCUCAUAAUACUUCCUGAAAUUAAAGAUGACGAAAUUACAAUUAAACUUUUAACAAAACUGAAAGAUCUAUAUAAAGAAUAUUACAGUGAAGUGGCAGAUGAUGAAACAAAAACUCAAUUAAGGUUUUCAAUCGCUAAUUAUGUCUUAAAUUUACUUAGAAACGAUGACAGAUUGAAGAAUGAUUCGAACGACUCUGAUAACGCAUUUAAUAUAUCAGAUAGGUUGUUUGUGAUUUCUGAAUUUUUGUCAGAAUUAUUGGACAAGCUUUUUAACGCGAUCGAUGCAGAUAAUUUUACACAUUUUUCCGAAGACUUACUGUCACAGGAUCGACAACAUUCUACUCCAGAAAAACCUGACUUUAAGCCAGCAAAAGAAUCUAAUGAAAACAAACGUUUAAAUACAGACCCAGAAAUAUCUGUUACGGCAUUCAAGAAAGUCUCAAAGAAUCUGUCUGAAAGUUUUUGGUAUACAGUAAGUCCACUGAAACCCGAAUCUCCUGCAAAAAGACCUGUAAUAAAUGUGGAUAAUAUUCCUAAUGAAUGUGAAAUAGAGCAAACUUCACUAUUUGAAGCCUCAACUUUUUCUUUACUAAGAAAUAGUAUUGAUAAUAUUUCGCCACAAGAGAAACAAAGUCGACGUCGUUCCUUGUCUCCGAUCAUGGAAGAAAGUAUUAAAAAUUUAUUUGAUACUCAGUUAUCACCUGAUCAUAAAGUGGUUGAGGAGUCUAAUAGUUUAUUUGAGUAUGAGUUUCUUUAUGACGAUAGCAGCUUAAACGAUGUUGCAGAUUCGUCUGAGCUUGGUGAAAAUAAUUCCGAAUCACUAAUUUUGUCUGAUACUGAUACCGAAGUUAACGUUGCUGUGCAUAACGAGAUACAGUUUUAUAGAGGCGAACCAAGUGCGUUGGGUAGAACAAGUAGGGUGGUUUUUACUACAAACGUAAUAGUUAAGAAUAAUAAUGAUGAUAAUAAGUGCAAUGAGUUCAGUAUGUUAAGCGACGAAGAUAAGGAAAAUAUGUCAAAGAAUAAUUCAGGUGAUUGGAUGGGUUAUGAGAAAGCUAAAUUUUAAAUAUUAAUUUUUGUUCCUUGUAUUGC